AGAGCUUUCUUCCGUUUGGAAUUGGAAGUUGAUCUAAAAAUAUUUGCUGGGAUAUGAAAAUUAGAUUCAAAAUAUAAAAUGUGGGGCGUUUGAAUUUUGAGUCUGCUCCUUUAACAUCCGUCGAGCUUCUCAGCAAACAGAUGUCUGUAUUUCAUUGGCGUAUCAAGCUGACUGGUACGCAUAAUUUCUCCAUUUCUCAGCGUUUGGUCUCUGUAAAAAGAGGGUUUCUCGGCUAUAAUCGGUUCUGUCUCCUCUGCUGUGGUCUCCCUUCGUCCUAAUACUGAGUUUUUGGCUUGAAUUACAGCUGAGCUGAUAUCUCCUUCUUCGUCCUAAUACUGAGUACUGUAAUAUUGUUUGACGCACGGUUCAUUGAUGUGUUCAGGUUAUUGCUUGCAGGGCUUGCAGCCGUGGAUGGAUUCUUGAUUUUCUUUAGGAAAUAGAUAAAGGGUUUAUUUAUUUACCAGAUUUUUUUCUACUCUCAUCGCUAGCUCCAAUCACCCAAAUGGUCAGGAAGCAUAAGCCUCCACAGCCUCUGCAAAAGAGAACAUCCUUCUUCAAAGUCUUGAUUGGUGACUUUUCCAAGCAACUGCGCGUACAGCCGGCUUUUGUGAAAGAGCUGAGGGGAAAUUUAUGUAAUGAAGCGACCAUCAGAGGUCCUACAGGGAGCACUUGGAGCGUGGCAGUGGAGAAGGAUGAGAAUGGCUUGUUUUUCCGCAGGGGCUGGCAGGACUUCGCAGAAGCUCAUGGGUUGGAAAAUGGGGAUUUUCUGGUUUUCUUGUAUGAUGGCAAAGCACAUUUCGACAUUAAAGCCUAUGGUACAAAUUGCUGCGAGAAGGAAAUUGUAUUGGCCGAGAGUCGCGACAGAGAGAAGCCCACUCCCACCACAGAGAAAAUCAACCCCCCUGUUCAGCCUGCGGCCACCAGGAGAAAGCGCGGACGUGUGAAGGUUGACGAGAAAUCUGAUACCAGUACCAUGGCGGAACAAGGAAUUAAUGAUGAAUGUUUUUCAUUCAAUUCAAGAUCUUCAUGUUUUACUGCAACUUGGUCAAAUUCUCGGAGAUAUGCCAUGAUUAUUCCACGGGCACUGGUGAUAGAGAAGGAGCUGAACGCGCACGGCAAGAUGGUGCUGAAGGAUCCCUCCGGGAAGUCAUGGCCGGUGACGCUGUCAAUGAUGGUGGACUGUCGCGCUGUUAUCACCAGAGGCUGGACUGCUUUCUGGAGAUCAAACAAAGUACAAACAGGCGACACCCUUGUUUUUGAUUUUGGGUCGGAGCCAGGCAACCCGUUGGUCCAUGUUCACAUCUUCCGAUCUGGAAUUGGAGCGCCGCCCCGCCGGAGGCCGAGGCAUGUUGCUCCAAAGCUCAAAUCCUCGUGAUGUUCAGUUUCCUUCGCUUAAUUUCUUUACUGUUUUUGUUGGGAAAAAAAAAAUUCCUAGAUUCCCGCGGAUGAUUUUCCUCAUUUUAAGUUUUAUCAGAGUGUCGUGCUUUUUUAUUUUUAAUGACUUGUACGUGCAUGGAUCAUUUGGUGAACUGUGACACAGCAA